AUGUUUACAACAGGUUGGUUGCAAGCUUUCGAUGCCCGCGCUGUCGCUGUGCAGGGAAAUCUGGUCAUCACCACGCCCAACAUGCACUUCGUGCCAGAGUUUCACCACUUUGACGAAGAAGACCUACAAGCCCGGGCAGAUGGUCGCUUCGGGGUUAUCGAUUGCUUCCAGUGGCCUCAGUCCUAUGAUGAUGCUUUUUGUCACGCUGUUUGCAUUCCUCGAAAGGAGGCAUUUCCAUUCCCGCAUCCGCUACACUGGGCCUGGUUCACCCCUAGCCAGGAUGACCUUAAGUCUAUUCCAGGGAAUUCAUUUCCUGUAGGCACGCUGGCUCCUGAUAAGGUUGAUGGCUUGCAAUCCCUUCUCAAACUGGCUGAGCAACGAGUCCGCGAUUACAGAAAGGAUCAGCCGGACAGAGGGCAAAUUAUAUACAGUCGCCUCUUGUACCUCUGUCAUGCCAUCGCACGGUUGAAGUCCCACCCUCUUACUUUUCGAGAUCUUCUGAUUUUUGUCACCGACGCUCAGCGCCUGUUUCUCGACAUAUACUCCUACAUUGACUGGGUUCUUGUCGCCCAACCUCGUACCACUUUCGGUGUUCGCCAUGAGGUCAACUUAGGAUGGAUGGGGGGGUUCGCGCAGAGCAGCGACAUUUGCGAGAAGUUAUUCUGCGCUGGCGUCCCAGCUUGGUAUGUCCGUGCAAGCGCAUACAUACCCCCACAAAUGAUGGUCGUUGAACCUGUCUUACUCACACACCCGGAUCACAUCAUUAUUGCGAUGUACGCAGAGGGUAGAAAAAUCCGCCCAUUUGAAGUCAUAUACCGCGGUCAAGGUGGUCGCAAUCGUCAUACGCACAUUCGCCGCCUGUAUGCAGGCACGACACACCAGGAUCCCGAGUCUGACAAGUCCUCUCAACUGUCGUCCAGCUCGAGUCGUCCUGCCCCUGGUCCCAAAUUAUCUGCUGUUGGCAAGGCGCCUAAACAAAAGGGCAAACAACGGCACCGGCCUUGUGAAUCUAGGGAUAAGUGGAAAGAUCCCGACACACCGUUCCUUCCACCGCCGAACCUGCAUUGGGAGGGUGCCAUGAAAAUUGUUGUUAAGGACGAGUCUCGUGUUCGCACACCCUACGUUAUCGAUCGGGGAUAUAGAUUCCCCAAACCCGCUCUCCUCCUCGGUCCCAAGUUGCCUGAACGUUUGCAACUAUACCUUGCCAAUUGGCUCGCUGCUCGUCCACUGUGGAUUGGCCGAGUUGAUCAUGAUCCUCCACGCACCUAUCCUACUCCUCAGCUCUGGCGCGAUUUUCUCGGUAGCGUCCCUUCUGUCCAACCACAAUCUUCCAAAGGGAAAGAGCCAGACGGAAAGAGUCUUACAGCCACCGAGAAGGGGAAGCGAGCAAUGCGGGACUUGUUCGGUGAUGACCUGUUGGAAACUCAGGGCGAUAUAUUUUCGCCAGAUGGAGUUGUUGAAUUUCGGGGUGAACAAGUCUCCAUCGCUAGUCUCGCCACCCCUCCUUCGCUUCUGGUGCAGAAGAUCACAUGGGAAUUAUUUGAACUUGGCUUUCGGUACGAGUUGAGGGAUCUCGAUCAUUACUUGGCACGGGGAUGUUGGAACAAUGAUGCUGUUGGUCGCGAGCAGCUCCUCCAUAGCAUCUUCCCGGGCGAGGCUGGUUUGGUGAUGUGGUCGGAGGCGUUUCCGUCGGAGAACUAUGGGUUGUGGAACAACACCUUGAUGGGCUGUCUUCCUUACCUUGAGAAUUUCCGGAGACUGCUUUGCGAUUGGGAUGACGUUCCGCCUUGUCUUCUGACACCACUGACCUCGGACAAUUUCACAGAUACAUACUCCUGGGAAGUUAGGCGUGCGGCGGCGACAUUUUACGUUCAAACAUUCUUCGAUCAUUUCGGCAGGCCUCCUAUAGUGCCCCACUCGCUUCCCAUGCAAUCAUGA